AUGACGGGGGCACAGGUCCCGGAGCGGUAUCGCAAGCCGCCGCAGGCUCCGCCGACCUUCACAGCCACUCCAGAGAGUUUGAUCAAGGUUACGGAGAGGCUGAUCGCCCAAUCCAAAUCCGUGCAAGACAAGGUCGUCGCGGACAAUGAUGCCUCUAGCGCUACCUUCCGAAACGUCAACCUCCCGAUGGCCGUCGACGACAACACCAUGGCCCUCGAAUCGCACAUCAUCGGGUUCUACCAGGCGGUCAGCACCUCCAAGGAGCUCCGUGACGCUAGCACCGAAGCCGAGAAGAUGCUCGACGACUUCGGCAUCGAGUCGUCGAUGCGCGAAGAUGUCUUCAAGAUUGUCGAUGCGGUGCUCAAGAAGAACGAGCCGCUCGACCCGGAGUCCCGCCGGUUGCUCGAGAAAGACCACAAGAACUUCGUCCGGAACGGGUUGAACAUCCCCGCGGGACCGAAGCGCGACCGGUUCAAGGAGAUCAAGAAGCGGCUGAGCGAGCUGAGCAUUGAAUUCCAAAAGACGCUCAAUGAGGAGAACGGAGGCAUUUGGUUCACGCCACAGGAUCUGGAGGGCGUCCCGGCCGAUGUGGUGAAUAAUCUGGAGAAAGGUACGGGCGAGAAUGAGGGCAAAAUUCGGUUGACGUUCAAGUAUCCGGAUCUCUUCCCCACGCUCAAGUACGCCGUGAGCCCCGAUGUGCGCAAGAAGGUCUUCGUGGACAACGAGAACAAGUGCAACACCAAUGUUCCGCUGUUCAAAGAGGCGAUUGAACUGCGGGAUGAGGCAGCGAGGCUUCUGGGGUACGAGAAUCAUGCGCAGUUUAGGAUCGAGGACAAGAUGGCGAAGACGACGAAGACGGUGGACGACUUCCUUGGAGAUCUGAGGAAGCGUCUAGGUCCAGGUGGCUUGAAGGAGAUCGCUACGCUGCUGAAAAUGAAGGAGGAGGAUUUGAAGGCUCGCGGCAAGGCGCAAACCUUCGACGGACGCUACUAUCUCUGGGAUCACCGAUUCUACGAUCGCUUGUUGGUGGAGAAGGAUUACGAGGUCGACCACGAGAAGAUUGCGGACUAUUUCCCCUUGCAGACGACCAUUCGUGGGAUGCUUCAUAUCUUCGAAGAGAUCUUUGGCCUCGUCUUUGUCGAACUGACCGGAGCAGACCGAGAUGCUGUCAGCUCAUCCGGCAACGGAAAAGACAUUGUUUGGCAUGAAGACGUCGCGCUUUUCAGCGUCUGGGACGACGAGGGUGAAGGCAGCGAAUUCGUCGGUUACCUCUACCUCGACCUUCAUCCUCGCGACGGGAAAUAUGGGCACGCGGCGAACUUCAACCUGCAACCGGGCUUCCAAGUCAACUCCACCACCCGCCGCUAUCCGGCCACCGCCCUGGUCUGCAACUUCAGCAAGCCCACGCCCAAGAAACCCUCUCUCCUCCAACACGAUGAGGUCGUCACGCUAUUCCACGAACUCGGCCACGGCAUCCACGACCUCGUCUCCCGCACCACGUACUCCCGUUUCCACGGCACCAACACCGUGCGCGACUUCGUCGAAGCGCCCUCCCAGAUGCUGGAGAACUGGUGCUGGGACCCCGCACAGCUGAAGGCCCUCAGCAAGCACUACAGCUACCUGAGCCCCGACCUCGCCGCGGCGUGGAAGGAUGGGCUGCCGGAGGCGGAGAAGGGGAACGCGGCGCCCGAGGAGCAGAUCCCGGAUGCGCUGCUGGAGAAGUUGGUGCGGACGAAGCAUGUCAAUGCGGCGAUGUUCAAUUUGCGCCAGCUGCACUUUGGGAUCUAUGAUAUGACGGUGCAUACGCCCUCGAGCCAUGAUGAGGUGGUGAAGCUCGACCCGACUGUGCUGUAUAAUCAGCUGAGGCACGAGAUUGCGAGGCUACAGGGGCUGGAGGUUGAUGGGAAGGGGUGGAACUGGGCGAACGGCCAAUCAACCUUCGGACACUUGAUCGGCGGCUACGAUGCCGGGUACUACGGCUAUCUCUACUCCCAAGUUUACAGCGCGGACAUGUUUCACUCCGUCUUCGCCAAGGAUCCGAUGAACGGAAAGGAAGGAAGGAGAUAUCGACAUACGGUUCUCGAAAAGGGCGGAAGUCGGGAGGAGAUGGAGUCGUUGAGGGAGUUCCUUGGGCGGGAGCCUAGCACGGAGUCGUUCUAUAAAGAGCUGGGAUUGAACUGA